GCCGGGCGGCAGGUGGGAGGAGGCGCCAUGCUGAGCCGGCUUCAGGAGCUGCGAAAGGAGGAGGAGACGCUGCUGCGGUUGAAGGCGGCCUUGCACGACCAGCUGAACCGGCUCAAGGUGACCCCGCUUCCCUCCCGCCUCCGCCGCCCCUCCACUCCGCCGCCCCGCGAACCUUCGGCGUCGGCGGCGUCCACCUGGUGGUAGACAAGCACCUGGGGAGCGUUUUUGAUAUUGCGGGCCCUCUUCUCUCAGAAUCUUGAACCUGCAGGUCUAGGCUGAGGACCAGCGAUCUGUACGUGGGGCAAGGCCACCGCCACACGGCCAACACCCGUAAAUGCAGGUGCUCCGCACUCCGCUCCCUGAGCAAGUGCGACCUCCCUAAGGCUGGCUUAGGCUCUCCCUGCCCCGGACCCCUUCCUCCCUAGCUCCUACAGCACGUGCUAGCCACCAUUUACUAGCUUCUUUCGGCGCUUGAAACAGCUCCAGUGUUGUUAAGCCGGAAGAGACUCGUAGAUCCGUUGUGCAAAGAAAGAAAGCGAGGCCCUGAGGAAAGAGACUUGUCGUCGCAGAGUUCCCAGUAACUUUUCUUCUGGCAGCUGUUAUGGACUCCACCGCCUGGACGAGAUUUAGGUUGAGGAAUUAGCCCUCCAAUCAAUGAUUAGUUCGAGGAGAGGAGAUGAGAUGCCCUCUUCUCAGCCUGCACCUGAACAGUCACAUGAUACGUUGGUGCACGUAGACAAUGAAGCAUCAAUCAACCAGACUGCACUGGAGUUGAGCAUGAGGAGCCGUGGGCCCGAGGAGGAGGAAGAGGAGGAGGAGGAGGAGGAAUCAGACCCCUGAAGCAGGGUGAGAUGCACGUCUGAACAGAGACAGGCACGGGCAAGAGGGCCCGGAAGCGACAUGGCACACCACUGGGCAGGGGACUCGCACUUCACUGCUUCCCACAUACUUAGACGCCGGCUGCGUGGGUCGGUGUGCUGGGCUGGUUAAGGCCGAUGGUGGAGCAGAGCCAACCUGCAAAAUCCACUUCUUCCCCGUCCGAUCUCUUGAUGAAGGCAUGAACCUGCAUGCAGGGAAACGGAGAGUAAGCGGUGUUAAAAACCAAAAGGAAAGGUCAAGAAUCCUGGGUCCAGAGCUUCGCUUGGAAGGAGCUCCUGGAGCGUGACCCAGGGCAGCAGUCGGGGCGCAUGGAAAGGGCCAGCUGCCGCCACAAAAGCCUACUCUGCUUGUUUCCCCAGCUGUGAGGCCUCAGCUCCUCACUGGCCGCCCUGAGCCUGCGCUCUUCCGCCGGGGCUGCGGCUGGGAGCUCUGCCCUCAGUGCCUCACGGCGUCACUAGGAGGAACAAAGGCUCGGCCUUCACACUGCUGCGUGGAUGCAGGAGGCUGCCGUGUGGGAUCCUGCAGCCCCAGGGUCAGUGGGAGCACAGGGGUCAAGGCGGAGCAGGGAAUGGGCUCAGGGAGUCCUGGGCGGGUGACUCACAGAAGAAAUGAAUACACAGGACGUGUACAAAUUGGAAAUCAGUGGACUUACCAUGAGUUGCUUCAGAUCUGCUCUCUCUGCGGGGUUUUUUAUUAAGCUGAAAGAAAAUAUGAGAGAGACUGCUGGGCACUGGUUCCCACUCAAAUCACUUAGACCAUGUGCCUGCCCUCCCCACAGCCCGCAGGUUCUGAGCAGUGCCCGAGCAUUCUCCACCUUCCUGUUCGAGCACGCCGGCACGCCCGCAGCUUAGCAAGUGCUUGCCGAAAUCAAUGAAGUCCAGAAAGCAACAUGCCAGUCCCUGCAGAGCAGGUGCCAAAAGCAGCAACUUUUACCCACAGCUGUAGUCCGACCAGUACCCGAAGUCAUGGCACUCUGGAAGUGCAAGGAAAAGGGCAGAGCUCUGCUCCUCAAAACUGGGUGGAGAGGCUGACAAAACCAGCGUACUCUUCCCGAGGGCAAGGAGCAGACUUACCAUUUAUUCACAAAAUCUUGAAAUUCCAGACUGAAAACUCCACUGGGCAGUUUUGGAGGAGGCUGCAAAUACAUGUCAAGACAUAAGAAAGGCCUGGCUUCCUUCUCCACCCAUAGUCCCCACAAACUCCCUCCCCUGCAGGCCUCUGGGCAGCGCUGCCCUUCUCUAGGUACAGGGAGGCAGGGGCUGCCUGCGGGGUCGCCCAGCUGGAACCACUGGUCUCACAAAGCACACUUAGAACUGGGGCCCAGUUAGUGUUCUACCACUCACUCGUCUAGUGACUAAACAAAUGACUGUUUCUCUGUGAACCGUAGUUUGUCCUCGGAGAUGAGGAGGGCCGCACGAUCUCUGGGACCCUUUCCCGCCGAUACUCCAACUGUAAGCCUUGGAGUGUAGCGAGGACACCUCCCCAGCAAUUCCUAGCGGCAGCAGCUAGGGAGCUGUUUAGACCCCCAGGCACAGCCCACGCCCGCAGCGCCCUUGCAUGUCACAAGCUACCUAAAUAGUAAUAAAACAUGUACCCUUGUCUGAGCCCUGAAGAAGUGGAGCAAGGUUAAUAAAACAGGUGACAGAAGGCUGGGUCUUCUGUCGGGCCGCUCACCCCA